CUUUUUGACUCGCUCACCGCCGUCGUUCUCCACCCGCGACGGCGCUCCAUAUAUUUCACACUUCGAAACUCUCUCUCUCUCUCUCUCUCUCUCUCUCUCAAUCAUUCUCUGAGGCUGCGACGUCUCGGAGCUUCACUCGCCGUCCCAAUGGCGCCCGCGUCGAUGUCGCUGGUCUCGCCGUCCCGCGGUUCCCAGCAGCUCCUCUCGCCAUCCUCAAUCACGCCCUCUCUCUCUGCCUUCCGCGCCCGCACGUCCAUCGGCGCCUCCUCCCCGAAGCCGUCCGCGUCCCCGAGGAUCGUCUGCUUCUCUGGCCCUUUGCCGUCCGCGGCCGCUGUCGCGGUCUCCAAUGGCAGACCGGACGGCGAGCGGAGAGAGAUCCGGCUCGGUCUGCCCAGCAAAGGGCGCAUGGCCGAGGACACUCUCGGCCUCCUCAAGGAUUGCCAAUUGUCAGUCAAGCAGGUUAAUCCUCGACAGUAUGUUGCAAAAAUUCCACAGCUCUCUGGUUUGCUAGUCUGGUUUCAGAGACCAAAAGACAUUGUGAAAAAGUUGUUAUCUGGAGAUCUAGACAUUGGAAUAGUGGGUUUUGACACGGUUAGUGAAUUUGGACAGGGUAACGAAGAUCUUAUUAUUGUUCAUGAAGCUCUUGAUUAUGGGGAUUGCCGUUUGUCUCUCGCCAUUCCCAACUAUGGGAUCUUUGAGAAGAUCAAAUCGGUGAAGGAGCUAGCUCAAAUGCCCCUGUGGACUGAAGAGAAACCACUCAGAGUUGCUACUGGUUUCACCUACCUGGGGCCUAAGUUCUUGAAAGAAAAUGGACUGAAGCAUGUGAGCUUUUCAACUGGUGAAGGAGCAUUGGAGGCAGCUCCUGCGAUGGGGACUGCUGAUGUUAUUAUGGACCUUGUAAGUAGUGGGACAACAUUAAAGGAAAAUAACUUAAAAGAAAUUGAAGGUGGGACGGUGUUGGAAAGCCAGGCUGUUCUUGUGGCAAGCAGGAAGUCACUAGUCCAACGGGAAGGCGUUCUUGACACAACUCACGAGAUUCUUGAAAGAUUGGAGGCACAUCUUAAGGCAGUUGAUCAGUUCACGGUAACAGCGAAUAUGAGGGGGAGGAGUGCAGAGGAAGUUGCUAAGCGAGUACUCAGUCAACCAUCACUCCCUGGUUUGCAGGGACCUACGGUAAGUCCAGUCUUUUGCAUACGUGAUGGAGAAAUGGUUGCAGACUACUAUGCAAUAGUCAUUUGCAUUCCUAAAAAGGCGCUCUAUAGCUCUGUGCAGCAGUUGAGAGCAAUUGGGGGUAGUGGAGUUCUAAUAUCUCCGUUGACUUACAUUUUCGAUGAAGAGACUCCCAGAUGGCAGCAGCUUCUGUCCAAACUCGGGCUUUAGUUCUCAGUAGCCAGUGCUCAGGUUGACUAGAGGUGCCCGAGUUGGAGAACCGGCUUUUGGAUAAGAUAAGAGGAGGGGCUAAGAUUUAUCAGGACUGUUGUAUCUUAGACAUGUUGGUAGCUAUGCCGGAUCUGUUCUUUUGGAUUUGCGAUUUAUUUUCCUCUAGGUACUAUUUUUCCUCUUUGUUUGGCUUUUAGCAAUCGGUUUUAAAAUCCAAGAAAGUGUGGGAACAUCCUAAAGUUUAUUUUGCGACCUUAUUUGUAAGUGAUUAUGUCAUUGAUGACAAUUGGCUUCGAUGGUGAUUCCUUGAUGCACUUUGGAAGACAUCCAGGUGCUGCUAA